CUUAAGUUUUUUCCAUACAAAUAUUCAAUCAAAAUGCUUAUCACUAAGUACUUAGAAGAUUACGAAGCUGUGUUCCACUAAGAAAAUCCUACGUCCACGACGGAACAGAAACUUGGAGCUAUAACCUUCGCUGCAGGUCAGGCAUUAGAAGGAAGACUCGUAGAAGAGGGGCUUUAUAGAACUCAUGACGAAGUCAAAGGAAUUUUAGCUGAAAUGGUUUGUGACUUUACAAAUCGGGUUCUUGACAAAUUUGGUUGUGAUUUAACACGAGAAGUUUUGACAAACGGGUUCAUGAUCUCGCCUUUGGGUGGUAUGACUCAUAUUAACUACGUUUCGAGGCUUGGGAUCCAGCUGUUUUUGGAUCCCUCCAUGUUGACUUUUAGAAAUAUAUAUUCUAUACAUGUUUAGAUGUAAUAUGGAAUCCACUCGUGAGAAAUUCAAAUUUCGCAGCAAAUCGUGCUGAGUUACUUCACUACUUUAACUACGACAUAAUGCAAAUGUUU